GAAGCCGAGAAAAGGCAAGUCCAGGAAGGGGAAGUGCAGUUAACGAACCCGGCUAAUUCUCUUCUCUCUGCCUGAGCGGCGUCUGGCGGGUCUCUCCUCCAACUUCGCCGGGCCGACCUCCUCAGUGGACCCCAAUGGCCAACCACAGAUUCAGUUCAGUGUCUGAGGAGGAACCCUGCUGCGACAUUUCCAAGAAAACCAAGAUCUGUCUCUGUGUCUUUUUUGGUCUCCUGAUCGCGGUGAUCAUCGCGGUGCCGGUCGGUAUCCUGAUGUGGCGCCAUCCGCUCAAGGAGUGGAAGGGGAAGGGCACCACUGCCCAUUUUUACGAGAUCCUCCUGGGACGGUGCUACACCUAUACUCAAAUCGUGCGACCUGAGCUGGGACAUAAAGACUGCCAAAAGAUAGGGAAGGCGUUCACAACUGCAUUUCUUUCUAAGGACCCUUGCAGCAGCACGGAACAGGACUACCAGCCCCUCCUGGAGCUGACCGCUCAAACCGUCCCUUGCAACAAGACCCUCUUUUGGAGCAAAUCCAGCGAGCUGGCCCAUGACUACACGCGUGUCCGGGGAGACCUGUUCACCCUAGAGGACACACUGCUGGGCUACAUGGCGGAUGGCCUCAAGUGGUGUGGAGACCCACGCUCUUCAGAAAUGAACUAUCAAUCUUGUCCAGACCGGAGGGAAGACUGCAGCAACAACUCUUUUUCUGUAUUCUGGAAUGCAGUGUCCAAAAGGUUUGCAGAAGACGCCUGUGGUGUGGUCCAUGUGGUGCUCAAUGGGUCCAUCAGUAACACCUUUGAUGAAAGAAGCACUUUUGGACGUGUGGAAGUCUUUAAUUUGCGUCCAGAGAAGGUUCAUCAACUACAGGCCUGGGUGAUGCAUGACAUUGGAAGUGUUCACAGUGACUCAUGCUCGAGUUCCUCCGUAAAUAAUCUGAAACGGAUUCUAAAGGAAAGGAGUAUUGCAUUUUCUUGCCAGAAUAAUUACGGGCCUAUCAGGCUUCUCCAGUGUGUGAAAAGUCCUGAGCCUUCAUCUUGCAGAUUUUAUGUAUGAGCCAAUUAGCAUGGUCGUUUCGGAUCUCUGAGCCUUACAUACCCAUCGCACGUGUGACUCGGGAGGCACACUGUUGGGAAGCUGAGGACUUGGGGGGAUCUUCUGUCAUAAUGCCAACACUAGAGUUGGAAGCCUUUCCCCCAAAGUUUUAAAAUAACAUGUUGUUGCCAUAGUGUUCAUUUUGACUUACUAAUAAUCAAAAAAAUUAUGGUAUAAAAUUAGAAUGAAAAUUUUAUAUUAAGUUAUUUCAUUUUAAUUUUCAUAGGUGCUUUUAUGUGGUUUAUAUGUUAGUAGCAUCCUUUCUAUUGAAAAUGACUAUACCAAACCUCUCUUACUGGUGCAGAUAAUUAAGGGAUUGGUAAAUGCUCAUGAAUGACCUUGUCUCAGGAUCUACUUUUGUACCCUUUCUACAAAUAAAGUAUAAAUGCUAUA